CUCGGCUAUAAGUAGCCUUUCUCCCGGACGGCUUCGGCCUCCCUUCUCCUCCUCCUCUCGCCGCCCUCUUUUCGAGACGCUAGGGUUAGCGUGAUCUUAUUUAUAGGCGGAAGGAUGUUGGUCUACCAGGAUCUGCUGACAGCUGAUGAGCUAUUGUCCGAUUCAUUUCAUUGUAAGGAAAUUGAAAAUGGGAUGUUGUGGGAAGUCCAAGGAAAGUGGGUUGUUAAAGGAGCUAUCGAUGUAGACAUCGGAGCAAACCCUUCUGCUGAAGGCGGUGAAGAUGAGGGAGUCGAUGAUUCUGCUGUUAAAGUGGUUGACAUAGUCGACACAUUUAGGCUUCAGGAACAACCAUCCUUUGAUAAGAAGCAAUUUGUGACCUAUGUGAAGCGCUAUAUCAAGCUACUGACACCUAAACUUGAUGAAGAGAAGCAAGAGUUGUUUAAGAAACAUAUUGAAGGAGCUACCAAGUUCUUGCUUUCGAAGCUCAAAGAUCUACAGUUUUUUGUUGGUGAAAGUAUGCAUGACGAUGGCAGCAUGGUGUUUGCGUAUUACAAGGAUGGCGCCACUGAUCCGACGUUUUUGUAUUUUGCCUAUGGAUUGAAGGAGGUCAAGUGCUAAAGACGAUGGUACAUGUGCUUUGGAUAUCACAGUUUUUUUUAUUUGAUUUAUCUUUUAUCCAAGUGAUGUUAAGUAGAACAUGUAAAAUUCAAUUUUGGAAUUGACGUAACAUUUAAUCUGAGGAUUGGAUUCAUAAGAAGAAAAUAUUAAUUAAUUAUUAUGAGGGGCCAUCGAACAUUGAAGGAUUGAAUUAAAUUGAGUACAUAAUUUGCUUU